GCUGGCCAACGGUACGCUGCUGUUCCUGCCGUUCUCCAGUGAGGCGUUCAGGGGAGCGGUACACUCCACGGCGUACCGCUGCAGGGCGUCGUCUGCGGCAGGUACAGUGCUCUCCAGGGACACCCACGUCAGAGCAGUGGUUGAGCAGUACUUCGAGGUGCAGGUGUACAACCAGUACGUGCUGGAGGGCAACGCUGCAGUGUUGCACUGCAAAGUUCCUCCAUUCGUCAAGGACUUCGUUACCAUCACCUCCUGGACACAAGGUCACAGCAACUACUAUCCGUCCCACAACGCUGAUGGUCGCAUACAGAUGGUGUCUACGGGCCAGCUGGUUGUUCGAGAUAUUCGCUCGUCUGAUUCCCAGCUGGCGUUCCGCUGCCGAGCUGUGCACACUCUCACGGGAGCCACCCAUGAAUCCGCGAACGCUGCACGGAUUUACGUCACUGACCCAAGGAGUGAGUCAGCUCCGAGAAUACCAGAGAUGGAGUCUAUAGUGAGAGUGCAGCGAGGUGCUACCGCCACCCUCCUCUGCCCUGCCCAGGGACACCCCACACCCACCAUCACGUGGUACCAGCAAGGAAGUGGCGUGGACAUCCCCCUUGGCGUUGCUGGUGCUGCUGGUGGACGUCAGACGUCCAGGAUGAAGGUGUCUGGUCCCGUCUUCACCUUGAUGGCCACUGAGGACAUCGACGCCGGCACUUACCGCUGCUACGCCAACAACACCGAAGGCGUCGCUGUUUUACAAGUGGAGCUGGAAGUCCUGUCUGCACUCUCAGUUCGAGUCACGCCUCCGUCGUUAGUAGUAGACGCAGGGGCUGCUGCCCACUUCACCUGUGUUAUCUCAGGAUCACCGGUCAACCAGGUGACGUGGUUGAAGGAUGGGAGUAUCCUGCGUCCAGGGGCGCGGGUGAGGAUGCCAGACCGGCGAGGGCGUGUGCUGAAGAUCGAGGGCGUAGGUGUGGGCGACAUGGGCGUGUACCAGUGCCGAGCUGAGGGCCACCACGACUCUGCCUUGGGCACCUCAGUUCUCACUCUUGGAGAUACUCUCCCAGUCCUCAAGUACCGGUUCAUCGAGCAGACGCUGCAGCCAGGACCUUCUGUGAGCCUGAAGUGUAUCGCCUCUGGGAGUCCCACUCCUUCAGUGACAUGGACGCUAGACGGCUUCCCUGUCAAGCACUCCGACAGGCUGGUGCUGGGACAGUACGUCAGCGUGGACGGGGACGUCAUCUCGCACGUCAACGUCAGUAACGUUGCGUCAGUGGACGGUGGCUUGUACCGCUGCUCCGCCACCAACACCGUCGGUACAGUGGACCACGCUGCCAGGCUCAAUGUUUACGGAGUGCCAGUGGUACGACCAAUGGAUGACGUCAGUGCUGUUGCAGGAGAAAGACUCGUACUGACCUGUCCGGUCGGUGGAUACCCCAUACACUCUCGUAUCUGGUUAAAAGAAGGUGUGCAGCUUCCCGUGAGCCGCCGCCAGGUGGUGCACAACAACGGGUCUCUUGUGAUAGACAACGUACAGAGAGUGACGGAUGCCGGCACGUACUCCUGCACCGCCUCCGCUAGGCAUGGGGACAAGAGUACUCAGUCUGUCCAAGUCAAGGUGCUCGUGCCGCCCAGGAUAGGACCGUUCACCUUCAGAGAGAAUUCAGCAGCUGGUAUCCGCGUCUCCGUGAGCUGCAGCCUCGAACAGGGCGACUUACCGGUGACUAUCCGUUGGCUGAAAGACGGCGAAGUGUUGACAGCUGACCCCCAGGGAGCUGUCAGCCCUCACUGGCCAGGUCUACAGGCUCGACUGGACGUCGACGUGCGUUUCCUGGACGCAUACUCCAGCCUGCUGGUAAUACCUAAGCUGAAUGCCGCCCAUGCAGGCAACUACACAUGUCAGGCAACCAAUGCCGCCCGCACCGUCUCCUACACUGCCCCCCUCACCGUCAGCGUGCCACCACGCUGGGUAUCAGAACCUGAGGACCAGAGUGUCACAAGAGACGGCGAUGCUCUUAUAAAAUGCCAAACUGAAGGUUUUCCUCCUCCCAAAAUCAUAUGGAGGAAGGCCCAUGGUGCUGCUCCAGGAACGUACAGAGACCUGAUGGGAAAGAGUGGAAUGCAGCAGCUAAGUAACGGCUCCUUACUCCUCACACAAGUCACAAAAGAAGCCGAGGGUCGCUACCUCUGUGAGGCAACCAAUGGUAUUGGAGCUGGUCUCAGCAAGGUCGUCCAGGUCACUGUUAACGCUCCUCCUAGGUUCAACCUGAGGGGUACCAACGUGAGUGUGGGUACAGGGGGUCACGCUGUGCUGCGAUGCCCAGUCACAGGGGACCAGCCCAUGAAGGUCUCCUGGCACAAGGAUGGUAGAGUCAUCACUCCCUCAGAGUCUUACAGGCACGAACUGCGAGAGACCACUGCGGGCGGCGUGGGCGGGCGUGCGGGCGUGGGCGAGGAGGAGCGUAUUCUGGAGUUGAUGAUCACGAGUGUCAUACCAGAGGAUGGUGGUCAGUAUGUUUGUACCGCUAACAACGAUCAUGGUCACGCCUCCACCACCGUCACCCUCCUGGUGCAAGAGCCUCCAGAUUUGCCACGGUCUCUGCAUGUGGUGGACAAAGGUUCUCGACACGUGCGCCUGGCUUGGGAGGUGCCUCAAGACGGCAACUCACCUAUCACCAAGUACACCCUCCGGUACACACGUCUGGGAGACUGGCAACAACAACAGCAGCAACAGCAGCAACAGCAGCCCCCACCGCAGCAGCAGCAGACGCUGCAGAUACAGCAGCAACAGCAGCAAGAACAAGAGGUUGAGGUGACGGUGGGAGGCCACGAGACUGAGGCGACGAUAGAGACACUUACGCCAGCCACACAGUACUUGUUUACACUCUACGCUCACAACGCCAUGGGACCCUCAAAGCCCUCAGAGGCGCUGCAGGUGACGACGGAGGGGGAGGCCCCUGGAGGACCCCCGAGAGAUGUGGAGGUGACGGCCGUGUCCUCAACCACCCUGAAGGUAUCGUGGUCACCUCCCGACGCCUCCGUCAGGCACGGCAGGAUCCUCGCCUACUACAUCGGCUACGGACACACAGGCAUAUCCAGCGACCAGUACAAGAUCGUUACCGUGGAAGCAGAGAACUGGCCUGUUUCAUCAUCUUCGAGUUUGUCUUCAUCGUCGCCCACGUCGCCGUCUUCAGGAGGGUGCUGCUCAGCGCUAGUGACGGAGCUGACGCCCUACACUGAGUACGUGGUUGAGGUGCAGGCAGUCAACACUCAAGGGGCCGGGCCCUCAGCGGUCCCUGUAACUGCAACUACGCUCGAAGACGGUAAGAGCUAGGCUUGUGUGGUACUUGGGUAUACAUGGGGAGUACACUGGGCACGCAGAUAGCGGUAGACUUUAUAGUACACUUCGAGGUA